AUGACAAAGCUUUUGGGACCAGACAGACCUGAGGUGGAGCCAUACUCCAUGGAGAGCAGAGCCAACUCGGGGCAAGUUCUUGACCUCAGAGCCUCCGUUUACCACGUCCCCAUCCGCAACACCCCACCUCCCACCAAGCCAGGCAGCGCACAGUCGCGCCUCCUGCAAGAUUUCUCUCCCGACCACAGCGACACCCACCGAGGAAACGCGGUAUGUGCACGUGAGACGCGGCGAGAGUGCCGCGGGCGAAGCAUCCCGGCGGCCACGCGGGGCAGCGAGACCACGACGGGCGAGGGACGCAAGCCAGUCGCCUGGCUGAGGAUGGCCCCGGCUGCUGCCCAAGAGGGUCCUGGGGGAAUUUCGGAGUGGCACCCCGCUAGCCCAGGUGAUCUUUUUGGAGGACCAGCUGUCUCUUAG